CGCAGCACGGCCACACUAAUCCCGACACGUGCAGAAAUUGUUAUUUUUUUGCCGUACGUUGUUUUUCAUGUGAAAACUAGCAUUGAAAAUGGCCGAAACGAGCGAAAAGAUCAAGUUCCUGGUGGCGGACACCACAGCCUUCAUAAACGCCGUGCCCCUGAACGAAUACGCGGAGCAGGUGCUCACCGUGCCGGAUGUGGUGGCCGAGGUGCGCAACAAGCGCCAGAUUCGCCGCCUCUGCGUCCUGCCCUUCGACCUCCAGGUGCGCGAGCCUCGUCCGGAGAACAUUAAACACUGCGUGGAGUUCGCCAAGAAAACGGGCGACUACGCGAGUCUCUCGGGGAUCGAUCUGAAAGUGAUCUCGCUCACCUACGAACUGGAAGCAGAACACGUGGGCACUGAUCACCUGCGCCAGGAGCCCGUGAUGGCUCAGACGAUUGCGUCCAAGGAUAAGCCUGAGGAGAUGCAGGAUGCUAAUAACAGGAGAUUGGUCGGUUGGUACAUGCCCGAGGGCGAAGAAGAGGAGGAUUCCGAGGAGGAAGAUGAUUACUCCCAGGAAGAGGAUGAUGCUGAGGAUGAUCAGGAAGGCAAUGAAUCCCCAGACACUGUUAAAGCCGCCAUCGAAGCCCAAUUGGCCGGCAAGGAACUAUUUGCCAGCGAGUCCAUCCAACAGGAGGAGGAACAAGACCAGGAGCCCAGUCAGGAGGAGCUGGACAAGCUGUUCGAGCAGCUCAAAUGCGCACCCAGUGCCGAGGAAGAGCAAGAGCUCUCGGAACUGCUCGUUUCCCAGCCGGCCGAUGUAGAUGAGGAGACAUCCGAGCCACAGGAAGCCAAAAAGAACCAAAAUCUCGACGAGGAUGUGGGUGACGAUGGCUGGAUUACGCACUCAAACAUAAAGAAGGCCAAGAAAGCGCUCGAGGGCAAGGUGGAAACGGAUGAAGUGCCGCCCGUUGCCUGCAUGACCACCGAUUAUGCGCUGCAGAACGUGCUCAAGCAGCUCAAUCUCCACCUGGCCGCCCUCAAUGGCCGGAUCAUCAAACAGUUGCGCACGUACAUACUGCGCUGCUAUGCCUGCUACAAGACCACCAGCAUCAUGACCAAGGUGUUCUGCCCCAAUUGUGGCAACAAGACGCUUAAACGCGUGGCCGUCAGUCUGGACGAGAACGGUCGCCAGGUGAUUCACAUCAAUACGCGUCGUCCGCUGACCAAUAAGUACAAGAACCAGAGCCUGCCGCGCUUCCAAGGCGGCAAGCACUCGCGGAAUCCGAUCCUGUUCGAGGACCAGCCCAUGCCCAGGCAGAUGCCUUCGCGCGUGGCCAAAACCAAGACGAACGCUCUGGAUCAGGACUACACGGCCGGAUUCUCGCCCUUCGUGUUGCGCGACGUGGACUCCAAGUCCGCCAUGCUGCGCUCCAAGGGCAACCUCAAGGAGUGGGCCAGGAACAACAACUUCGAGGAGGAUCGCCGGCGCAAAAACUACAAUCGCUUGUACAAGUAGAUUACUCCGGGCAGUAAUGGGCUAGUUCUAUAUUAGCUUUUCAAUCGUAGACUUUAUAUAAUAUGUAAUAUAUAAAAUAAAACCCAAGGGAGAAGCUGAAACUUUGUAAAAUGCUACCAGAGAAGCUUUUCAUAUAGUUACAAGCGUUAUUUUUUAACAGAAUAAAUCAUUUUUUUUAAUAUAAAA